UUUCAACAUGAUCUUUUGCUUUUGAGGUCCUUGAAGAAGUUCCCACUAGAAGUUCCGAUGGAACCUGACAUCGUCUCUUUAUGUAUGAUGGUAUUUCUUUUCUUGGUACCAGAUAAGCCUGCCUCUUGAGGUUGCGUUGCACUCGCUAUUGCUGAGAGUUCGAGAAGGCCCAGUUGAGUUGAUUCCGAAAGAAGGCCCAAAUAUACGAGUAGGGAUGAGAGAAAGGGGCGUAAUGUUUGAGCAAGCAGCAAAAGCUUCAUAACAGAGGAAUAUAUUUGCCACUAGAUGAUCGAGGUAAUUGUGGAUGAUAGGGCCAACUUCUCAACUCAAAAAGACGUGCGCCGAACUCAAUUUCACUCGGGGAGAAGUUGCUUCAAGUGAAAAAUCCCAUCGCGUACCAUGAGAUGUUUGAUGACGUUGAAUUUGAGUUGCGAGUUGGCUCGUAGUUCACGCCAGAUUUAAGACAAGCUUCCUUGGCGCCAAUACUCAUCGUACCAAGACUAAACAAGUCUGAUUCGAUUGUCUGGGCAGAUGCAAAGUUCUGAAUGUACCCGCAUCAUUCAAGUGGAUGAAGAAUGACUAGAGAGCGUUCGGUGGGAGAGGAUUAUUCGGACCUAUCCCUCCCCCUUUCCACUUACCUCGGUCGUUUAAAAUUGGGAGGAAUAUGUUAUCCGGGUCGAUACUACGCGCCACUUGAGAGUACCCAGGUAUAUAUAUAUAGUACAUAACUAGCAACUCGUAUUAGCGAGAUUGGUUAGAACACCUUAUCUAAAUUGGAAACGAGUCCGAUCGUAUCUCUCUCUCUCGUCGCGUAUUUCACAUAUCAUUUCAUAGAUGUUGACGAUAAACUUUAUGAUAACUGCACGAACCCCGUGAUCCCCCGCGCCACUUCUCUACCUUAUCAAGUCGCACGGGUCACAUCAAUCCUUGCACGCCAGCCCUUUGGUCACUGCAUUGACAAAACACGAUACGAUCUCGUUUCCUUUAUCAGAAGUCAGGACAUGUCAAGUUGUCAAGUUGUCAACCAGUGUUUCGUUACACUAGAACGUUUCCUCUUUUCCUCAUCACAACAUGAGCCGUUACUCCGGCCAUCCGCAUGAUCCUUUUCGUGGCUCUACUCUCCAACUAUUGCAUUGUACUCCAAAUGCCACUCAUACCAGUGUCUUAUCUGCUUCCCUCCAUCUUCGAACCCAAUAGCAAACAAUAUGUGGUGGUCUUUUAAGGUUCUCACGAUUUCCAUAUCAGAAAAUUGGAUGUGGCUUACCUUUCGUAUCACCACUAUCUCCCGAACCCUGCCCUAAGGUUUGAAUCUGGAUCCAUUUCCGUCCAACAAGAUUGGAUUAUAUUCCAUUAGUAGUAUGGUGGUCCUUCCAGAACGUGGUAUACGGCGUGCGCCGAUGGAUUCAUUCCAACUAUCCAAUAAUUACCCCAACUUAAAGAUACUCUUUCUUUUUUGUUCCUUGUGAGCUUUUUACCUUUACCAUACUCUUGCUAUCCUGUGCCUCCCUCGGCCAAUUGCAAGUAUGGGAAUCGGAGCACCCGCGAUAUUUCCCCAUCCGUACCUUGCUCCACUAACCACAAAAUACCUUCCUGAUAAAGAUUUGCCAAGAAGGAACCAACCAGGACGCUUAUCUACACGAGCCAGUGAAGAUCACCAAACACUUGCGAAAAAGCUCCCAUCUUCGUGAGUUCUUAUCAGGCUUCCUACGUACAGCUCACCUAUUGUUUUCCGUUCAAUUGAUUCGUCCCAAGAAAUGGGAGGCACCCCUCAUGAGUUAAAUUAAUUUUCUAGAAUGUCAAGCCUUGGCUUUCCGUUGCAUACAUAUGUAACUAGGUCGUGUCCCCCCUCUGAUUGUCCUACCCGUCUCAGAAAGUUUUCAUCUUUUUCAUUCUGCUUCCCUAAAUUUACAACCUUGGAGCAAUGUCGGACUUCGUCCAUGGUGAUCAGGCUGAUCUGAAACAUGCUCACCAUGUUAAACAUUCCCAUGAUCUGGAGAACGGCCGCCUUGAAAAAGACCUUGAUCCUGCUGUGAUCGCGGCUGGCAGUCAUGAUUCCGAGGGCGACUCUGAGGAGAUAGUCUUGGCUAGACAACUUCGAGAGAAAAAAGGCUUCCUGCGUAGUCUGCGACGUGGUGAAGAAUGGCUCGACGAAAAGCUGGGAAUCGAAACGCAAGGUAUUGAUAGGAUACACGAAGAAGACAAGCAACCUCCGUCAAUCCUCAACGUCUUCUUUCUCUGGUGGUCUCUCACAAUGCAUGUUGGCACCAUACCAAUUGGCCUUCUUGGCACGGAUCCCGAAGUCUAUGGUCUCUCCCUCAGCCAAGCAGUUGGCGCCAUUAUUGUUUCAACUAUUUUGGGAGCCGCUUGCACUGCAUAUACUGGUACUCUUGGUCCAAAGCUUGGUCUCCGUGCAAUUGCAUGCUCUCGAUAUUCCUUCGGUUUCUACGGUGCAAAACUCUGCUCAGUUCUCAAUGUUGUUAUCGGUGGAGGUUUUGCCGUGGUAAAUAUUGUGGUGGUGGGUCAGAUUUUGGCUGCCGUCUCCGAUUACACCAUGACAAUCGUGGUGGGAAUUAUCAUCAUCGCAGUCAUCAGUUAUAUUGUAUCAAUUUUCGGCUUCAGAAUCAUUCAUACAUGGGAGAAAUACUCUUGGAUCAUGACAUUCAUUAUCAUGUGUGUCUUGAUUGGCCAGGUCGCUCCCAAGAUGGAGCCAAGCCUCCCAUCCGAGGUUUCUGGUCUUGGUUUCUCAGGCUCUUGGCUUAGCUUCUUCGCUGUAUGCUUUUCUUCCGCCUCGGGAUGGUGCUCAAUUGCUUCAGAUUACUACUGCAACUACCCUGCCAAUACCAAGGGCUGGAAAAUCUUCUUCCUUACCAUCUUGGGAAUUUCCCUUCCAACGAUCUUUGCAACUAUUAUCGGUGCAUGUCUGGGAAAUGCAGCACUGGCUUCAUCAAAAAAUCCAACCUGGGCAACAGCAUAUGAAGACCAUGGACUUGGUGGUCUUCUUCUAGAGUCUUUCCACCCGUUCCGAUUCUCCAAGUUCUGCCUUGUCCUAUUGGUUUUCUCAGUCAUCGGUAACAACGUCGCUGUGAACUACUCUAGUGGUCUUGGUCUUCAAUUGCUUGGUCAUUAUUUCCAUGCAAUCCCAAGAUUUAUCUGGUCGUUUGUUAACGCUCUUGUAAUUGCUGUUCUCGCAAUUGCUGGUAGAGCACACUUAUCCAGUAUCGUCAGCGACUUUGUCUCUCUACUUGGAUAUUGGACGGUUUCUUUCACAUUUAUUCUCUUAAUAGAAGAUAAAUGGUUCCGUCGUACAGAAGGUUACGAUCUGAACUCUUGGGAUAGACCCGCCAAACUACCAUGGGGCUUGGCUGCUGUUAUGGCUCUUUUGGUUGGUUAUCUGGGUGGUGGUCUGCCUGGCAUGGCUCAGGUUUGGUAUGUCGGCCCAAUUGCAGCUAAAUUUGGACCCUAUGGAGGUGACGUUGGAAUCUUCUUAAGUGGUGUCUUUACUAUCGUGACGUAUCCUCCACUUCGAUGGUACGAGCGUAAGAUCACUGGUAGGUAGACCAAGAGUUGAAUACCUGUUACUUACCUAAAUAAAAUCAAUUCUCUUUCCUAUUUGAAUAAUUCAUCAAUAAAAUAUAUAUACAUAUUUAUUCUUGGCAAUAUGAAGUGAUCA